AUGGCGAGUUUCCUGGCGCGCGGCGGCGCGCGUGGGGAGGACGGCGGCGCGGGGGAGCACAAGCGGCAGCUGCUGCCGCUGCAGCGCGCGAACAACGUGGGCAUCAUGAUGGCGGCGCUGCACAAGUCCCCCCGCGAGUGUCGGCGCGACAUCAUGGCGUGCAACGUCAACACCGGGGACGGGCUGCGGCUGGAGCAGCUCAAUGGGCUCAUGCAGAUGGUGCCGUCGGAGGACGAGGCCAAGCGCCUCGCAGACUAUGAGGGGUCGCUCGACGAGCUCACGGACCCGGAGCGCAUGCUCGCGGAGCUGGCGGCCGUCCCGCGCGUGCGGCGGAAGCUGCACAUUCUGACCUUCAUGGUGCGACUCGAUGAGUACACGCGGGACUCCAAGAACGCGGUGAGCGCGGUCCAGGAGGCGUGCAAGGCCAUCCGCGGGUCGGAGCUGCUCCACGGCCUGCUCCUGCAAGCGCUGGCGGUCGGGAACGUGCUGAACGAAGGCAACGCCAUGCGCGGCGCCGCGCUGGGGUUCAGGAUCGAGGCGCUGAUCAAGCUCAAGGACACGAAGACCACGGCCGGCGUCCGCGCGGGCAGGCGCGGGAACGGCAGCGCCACGGAGCACGACAUCGCAGCCACGCCGCCGGCGCGCCCCAGCGGCGCGCUGAGCACGGACAGCAGCGGGAGCGACACCGACGACGCGGACGACGCCGGCGCAGCUGCGCGGUGGUGGACCAGUGCCUGGAGCAAAGUCUCAAACCUAUUGGAGGUUCUGGCUUUGGCGUUCUUAGAAAGCAGAGGCUGGGCGCCUCCCGUGGAAGACGAGGGGGCGGGCGCGGGCGGGGACGCGCGGAGGGUGUCGCGGCAGGGCUCGCUGCUGGUCUCCGAGAGCAACGUGGGCUCCGCGCGGAAGAACCCCCGCGCGGCGGCAGACAGGCACAUGGAGUUGAUUCGCAGUCUUCCAAAGAUAUCUGUCCCGCUCCUGCCGAUCAAGCAGGCGAUGGUCCGCAUGCAGAGCGACCUUGACGAUUGUCAAAAGGCCAUCCGCGAGGGCAUCGAGCGCUGCUGUAUGGAGCUAGAAGAACUGCAUACGACCCGGGAGGAGUUGAUCAGCGCGGGAGAGGACCCGAGGGAGUGGCCGGAGCAGGCGUUCGCGGAGGCGCUCGACACUUUCACGGAGCGCGCGCGGACGGAGUCGGAGGACCUCGAGAAAGGCGUCGGGGAGGCGAAGAGUGACUUGCGGACGCUGGUGGCGUGGCUCGGGGAGCCCGCCGGUACCGACGCGGGGGAGGUGCUGGAGCUGCUGUGGCGGUUCGCGGCGGACUUCGACGAGACGCUGCAGCGCGUGGCCGGGCUCGACAUGCGUCCGGCCGGGCAGCUGAUGCGCGGGCCGUCCACGAUGGGCAAAGGGGUGAUGACUUGA